GCCUACAGGCUGACUCAACUGAGAUCAUGGCGUUCGAUGGUACUUGGAAGGUAGUCAGGAAUGAGAACUAUGACAAGUUCAUGGAAAAAAUGGGUAUUAACCUAGUGAAAAGGAAGCUUGCUGCUCAUGAUAAUUUGAAACUGAUAAUUACACAAGAAGGAAAUAAAUUCACAGUCAAGGAAUCAAGCAAUUUUCGAAAUGUUGACAUUGUUUUUGAACUUGGUGUCACCUUUAAUUACAGCCUAGCAGAUGGAACUGAACUCACUGGGACCUGGACUCUUGAGGGAAAUAAACUUGUUGGAAAAUUCAAACGGAUAGACAAUGGAAAUGAACUGAAUGCUGUCCGAGAAAUCCUAGGUGGUGAACUAGUCCAGACUUAUAUGUAUGAAGGAGUAGAAGCCAAGAGGAUCUUUAAAAAGGAAUGAAAUUUAUUCUUGGAGCACGGCCUGGAAUAAGAGCCAGAUGGAAGAUCUAUAUUGUAUCAGAACUGUUUUUCUCCCCCCAUCAUUUACUGAUUAGGCCUUUUAUAAACAUUGGUAUAUUUCCAUUCUUGCCAAAGCAGAAGAAGUAAAAGCUAAUUAGGAUUAAAUUGUUUUUACCAUUCUCUAAGA